AUGACUGUAAAUUCGCCGUCAACUGGGGAUACGCUGCCUCCACAGGGCGACCGAUGGGACAGCCUAACGAAGGAUGAACUCUACUGGUGUGAUCGUCAGCCGUGGCUGGAGGAGCACGGUUACAUGUUGCGCCCACGGUAUAGGCCGGGCUGGAAGCCAUUCGAGGGCGAAACUACUAAGUUCCGCGAAGAUAGUCAUUGGUCCUUGGUGCGUAGUUCACUCGUCGAGAGUAUGUCUCAGGUUUCCUCCAUUAUGGACGCCACCCGACUGUCGGAUGGCUACCUGGUCACUAUGAAGAAGAUCGAAAUCGACAUUCAUCCAUAUGAAUUAGAAAUUGGUCAAUUUCUCUCGUCUGACCAGAUUACCUUCGGCCCGCGCAACCGCUGUGUACGCAUCCUGGAGGUCCUUCCUGAUCCAACGGAGAAGAAUAUCUCUAUCAUAGUGAUGCCUUACCUGAAGGCCUUCAACGACCCGGACUUCUUGACAUUCGGGGAGGCUGUCACAUGUCUCAAGCAGUUGAUCGAGGGACUGCGAGUCAUGCAUGAGAACCACGUAGCUCAUCGGUACGAUUAUUGCUUCGAUAUCUCCGACAUGAACAUCAUGAUGGACGCGGCGGUGAUGUAUCCUGGCAUGUGGCACCCUCAUGACCCGCGCUACAAGUAUGACCAUUCAGGGUGGGCAACGCAUUACAGUCGGACUGAGCGACCGCCAAAGUACUACUACAUUGACUUCGGUCUCUCGCGCAAGUACGACCCCACCGACGGACCACCGAAAGAACUACCUAUUCUCGGCGGCGACAAAUCCGUUCCGGAGUUUCGAGGAGAGGGCUACGACAAGCCUUCCAUUGUUCCAAUCCUUUCCAUACGGACAUUUACUACCUUGGUAAUCUCAUGCGAACCGAGUUCGUGA